AGUGCGUGAGUGUGUUUGACAAGUUAUGCGGAACUCUCUGCCCGCAGCGUGUGUUUGUGUUGCAGGAGCUCCUUCCUUCUCUGCCGCAGAGGCUGCAGGUUCGACUCCGGCUCACCUGCCCGCGUGUUGGCAUGCGCACUCGCUCCCCGGUUUGUUUGAGUCGCUACUGGAGACCAUGAAGUUCAACGGCUACGUGAAGCUGCGCAUCGGCGAAGCUCUGGAGCUGAAGCCCACCACCUUCUCCCAGCGGCACUCGCUCAUCUUCCACAAGAGCGCGCCCGCGCUGGACCCCUACAUCGUGGUGAAGGUGGACGACUUCAAGAUCGGACAGACCCACACCAAGCAGAAGACCAACACUCCCACCUAUAACGAGGAGUUCUGCCUCAACGUCAACGACGGCCGACGCAUCGAGCUGGCGGUGUUUCACGACACUCCCAUCGGCUACGACGACUUCGUGGCCAACUGCACCAUCCAAUUCGAGGACCUCCUCAAGUCCUCCAACAACGGGGAGACCUUCGAGGGCUGGGUGGACCUGGAGCCUGAAGGCAAGGUCUUCGUCUACGUCUCUUUCAGCGGCUCCUUCACUGACGAUGACGCUCUGGUGAAGGAGAAGACCUACAAGCAGUUUACACGGAAGCGUAACGGCGCCGUGCGGCGGCGGAUCCACCAGGUCAACGGGCACAAGUUCAUGUCCACUUUCCUGCGGCAGCCCACCUUCUGCUUCCACUGCAAGGAGUUCAUCUGGGGUGUCUUCGGAAAACAAGGCUACCAGUGUCAAAUCUGCACGUGUGUGGUCCACAAGCGAUGCCAUCAGCUGGUGGUCACCGUGUGUCCACGCAUGAAGAAGACCUCCAAGGAGGAGGCUGUCACUCAGGGCUUCAGCAUCAACGUCCCGCACAAGUUCAACAUCCACAACUACAAGUCUCCCACGUUCUGCGACCACUGCGGCUCGCUGCUCUGGGGUCUGGUGCGCCAGGGACUCCACUGCCAGAUCUGCAAAAUGAACGUUCACAUCCGCUGCAGAGGGAAUGUCGCGCCUAGCUGCGGCGUCAACAGCGCGGAGCUGGCCAACAAGCUAGCAGAGAUGGGACUGCAGGCGGGGGGGCUGUCCAAGCGGACUAGCGUGAAACAGAACGUCCAGCAGAGGCCGACCUCCGAGUGCGGAGACCCGCUGCAGCAGCCAGUCCCUCGGCUGGGCCUCUCAGACUUCACCUUCUUACAGGUGCUCGGCAAGGGAAGCUUCGGCAAGGUCAUGCUGGCACGACUGGACAGCAGGAGUCGGGUCUUCGCGGUCAAGGUUCUGAAGAAAGACAUCAUCCUGCAGGACGAUGACGUCGAGUGCACCAUGACUGAGAAGAGAGUCCUCUCGCUCGCCCGGUGCCACCCCUACCUCACCCAGCUCUACUGCUGCUUUCAGACCCCGGACCGACUCUUCUUCGUGAUGGAGUUUGUGAACGGCGGUGACCUGAUGUUCCACAUACAGAAGUCCAGGAAGUUUGAGGAACCCAGAGCCCAGUUCUAUGCGGCCGAGAUUACGUCUGCUCUCAUGUUCCUGCACGGCAAAGGCAUCAUCUACAGGGACCUGAAGCUGGAUAACGUCCUGCUGGACAGCGACGGUCACUGCAAACUCGCCGACUUUGGGAUGUGUAAAGAAGGAAUCCGUGAUGGAGCCACGACCGGAACCUUCUGUGGGACUCCGGACUACAUCGCCCCUGAGAUCCUGCAGGAGAUGCUGUACGGGCCCUCGGUGGACUGGUGGGCUCUGGGCGUGCUCCUCUACGAGAUGUUGUCGGGUCACGCCCCCUUCGAGGCCGAGAACGAAGACGACCUGUUCGAGUCCAUCCUCAACGAGGAGGUGGUCUACGCGUCCUGGCUCAGCGCCGAGGCUGUCGGGCUCCUCAGAGCGCUGUUGACUAAGAACCCGUCGCAGCGUCUCGGCUGUGUGCCGUCGCUCGGAGGUGAAUGUGCAGUGACCGCUCACGCCUUCUUCUCCGGCAUCGACUGGGAAAAGCUGGAACGUAGAGAACUGGAGCCACCGUUCAAACCUCGGAUAAAAACCCCUGAGGACGUCAACAACUUCGACCCGGACUUCACCCAGGAGGAGCCAACACUGACGCCCAUCGACGACCCGAUGUUCUCCGCCAUCAACCAGGAUGAGUUCCAAAACUUCUCCUUCACGUCGCCGGAGCUGCUGGAAAGCUGAGUGGCAUUCCGACUCCACCCCCUCUCCUCGCGAGUCACGUUACGGUCCAGCAAGUGAAGCUACGACGUAGCGUAACGGACACAAGCGCUUGUCAGAUCUGCACUUGUUUCUCUGUCAUUUUUAUGUUUUUCACCUUUGAAGUAAAAUCUUCUGAAUGUAAAUGAAAAAGAAAAAUCUUUUCACUUCAUGGGAACAGAUUUUUUGGCGGCUGGAGUUGAAGGCUGGGAAGAGCCGACCACAGAAUCUGGAAUAUUUUCUCACAGAGUGUGAGUGAGAGCCGGGGGAGGGAGAGAGGGUGACAUGAGGGGGAGGACAAAUGGCCUCUCAUACAUCAUCCAGACCACUGAGUCCACUGGCGGCCUCUGCGCUGUAGGAACUUUAUUUCCUUGGAGACUAUGUCAGGAUGGACGAGAAACAUCUUAGAAUAUGAAAACAGAAAUGGACUGUGAGGUGACGAUGCUUCCUGCUCAACUGCAACUCAACAAUCGACUGAAAGGAGGACAAACAAUAAAAGGUGAAUGCCUCGGUCUUAGGGAGUCAAACAAGCUGGUGUUCAUGUGUGAGGAAAUAAGAGUUAAAAGAGAACCUAAUACCUGUCUUGCUUUGUUUAUCAUGAGCUACU